AAUCUCGCCGCGUGCAGUGUGUUUUUCGUCGUGCGAUGGCAGCGUGGUAGUUGUUCGAUCGAUCGUCACUUUCCUCGCGGUUGUGUUCAAAGCAAAGGAACCAAACAACAAGUGAAGUGAUCGGGGAAAUUUAAUAUAUUCCGAAGUGUGGUGGUCCGUCCGAUAUGUGCCCAACGGCAAACGUCCCUCCAUGGACGAAAGUGUAGUAUAUAGUAGAAGUGCCAACAAAAAAGUGAAUCGUGCCAUUGUGGAAAACUUUUCAGCAUUAAAACGUGCUCUUCCCCGCCCGCCCAUCGCAGUGCCAUCGCAGCACUUAGCCAUUGCAUUGCGCUUGAUUGGGUGACAGCGUCGAAAAUUAAUUUGAAGCGAAAAGUGUUUUUAUAUUUCGACCGGUACUAAAGCUGCUAUCAAACGUAGUGGGUGCAAUACGUUUGAAUUGAAAAUUAUUACCCAAAAGUACGGUUCGAUACUACAUAGCGAGGGACCUCUUGUUGGCGUAACAAAACAAAGGAUGAUACUCAGGCUGGUGUGUUGUAUGACUAUCAUCGCUAUCAUUUCAAUCGAUACGAUCGCAGCCGACCUCUCUACAAGGGAUCGCAUACGGAUACACCGAGAAUGGCUCGAAAGAAGGGCCGCAAAGCGAUCGAAUGUCAGCGCACCGAAUUCACCUCCCGACUCGUUGGUAGCAACGACUCAGCGGACAACGUACAUGCGAAAGUUAAUCAAAUUCAAGAACGAAAACGAACCGCUGUCAGAGAAUGACAUUUCGUUCGUUCCCCAUUUUGGUAACGGAGCGGAAGUAGACGGUGGCAGUAAUGGGCACGAAGGUGUCAAUAAUGGUUCCGGCACCGAUACCGCCCCGCCCACCAGCGGCAAGCAACAGGAUCGGCUGCAUCAUCAACAUCAUCAGCAUGACCAGCAGCGUUGGAAUUUUCAUCCUCACCGCGUGCACGCAGCGUCCCACAACGAAAAAGAAAUUUUAACAGACGACGCCGAACGCUACCGGUAUGAUGUCGUUUCUACGCAAGAUGUCAACCGACAGGAAAUCGAAGCCAGUGGAAGAAUGGACAGUUUAUCGGCGGCACAACUGCCUCACCCGGAUGGACGCGAUCCGAAACCUCUGGUGUACAUUAUGGCUCCAUCCGUUAGCUCACCAGAGGAACCACAGGACGUUCGAGUGCCUGUUACUGGGCUGAGGGCUGGAGAGUUUCCUGCUACAACAGUCACCAGCAUAGUGGAGGAGCAAGCUCAGAAAAUUAAUGUCGCGGUUGGAUCGAGCAACCGGACUCUGGCGCAGAGCCUGAGUGUGGGCGAUGGCCACAAUACUACCGCUGAAAAUCCCUUAAAUAAUGAUUUGUCGAGCGGUUCGGUUGUUGCAGCCACAAACGUAGCAACCACUGACCGUAAAUCAGAUCGAAUUCCAUUGACAAGGGACGCUGCUGAAGGAGCACUUUUGAGCGGAACUGCCGAACCAAACGGUGUGGUCCGUUCGAGUGAGGCAUCUUCCGGUGGAGUGGAGAAUGGCGUUAUGAUAACAACAACAACAACAGUAACGACAGAAGAAAAUCUAACCGGAAAUGCUGAUCACGAGCAGAAUCUCACGUUACAGCUCGAAUCUGGACCUCCCUCGGCAAAUGUUAGUGUGCGAAAUCUGUUCGGCCCAUGGAGCAACUGGACGGCUUGUUCUAGAUCCUGUGGAGGAGGCGUAAAGACUCAGUUUCGCAGCUGCUGGAAACGAGAAUACAUAAAUGGCAAAAAAAGCUCAAAGCCAGCCGUUGAAAGCUUUGAGUGCAUUGGGAUAAUUAAGAGGUAUCAUUUAUGCAAUGAACAGGACUGUCCCACAACCGACGGAGAUUUCCGAGAGCAACAGUGUGCGAGCUUCAACAGUCAAACGUUUCAGGACAAGCGCUAUAUUUGGGAAGCUUUCGUCAAAGAGGAUGCCGAGUGUGAGUUAAACUGCAAACCAAUCGGCAUGCGUUACUUUGCAACGCUCAAUAAAACGGUCAUCGAUGGAACGCCUUGCUCGAAACCCACCGAAUACUUUCGCCGUAAUAACAGUGGCCGUGGCAUAUGUGUCGAAGGGCUGUGCAAGGCCGUUCACAACAGUGGCGUUAUUUCGGGCACGUUCAUGAACAAUGGCGCCGUCCGGUGCGGAACGACCGUUUGCCGUCACAUUUCCGGUAUCUACACGAAGACCAACCCGAACAAUGGGUACGUUCACGUGGCCACCAUUCCGGCCGGUGCAUCCAAUAUCACGAUAACGGAGCUACAGAACAGCCAAAACUAUCUCGCGCUGAAAACGGCCGAUCAACGGUUUUUCAUCAAUGGUGACUACACGAUCUCGCUCAGUGGACAUUACAUCGCCGCCGGGACCGUGUUCGAUUAUCGUCGAGUCGAUGGGCUGAACAACGGGUCAAACAGCAGCUUCCGGCACGUGGAAGGCAUUACCGAAUGGGUGACUGCACUUGGACCAACGAACGAACCGGUGCAGGUGUUUCUGCUUUCACAGUCACCGAACCCGGGCAUCAAGUACGAGUAUCUCCUCCCCGUCAGCGUUAGCCCUACGGAGCCUUCAUCGCUCGAAGAAGUUCCCAGCGCUGAAGCGGGAAAUGAAAUCUCGGAAAAAUCCAAUCUGCGAGUGCCAAAGCAGCGAGUGAUGAGCUCUCCCAACAACAACAACACCGGUACCAUCCCUGGUACGGGGCGUGUUGGUCAGCGUAAGCGCAAGUAUCUCUGGAAGGUAAUCGGGUUCAGCGCGUGCAGCAAGUCCUGUGGCGGAGGUAUCCAGCAGCCUAUCAUAAAGUGUGUCCGAGAGUCUCCUACGCGCGUUUUUUCGGCCAAACGCUGUGCCCAUCUGCAGCAACCAGUGUUGAAUGAGAAUUUGCUACGAUGCAACACUCAGCCGUGUCCCGCGUACUGGAAGCUCGGCGACUGGGAUCAGUGCAAUUGCGAGGAAAAGUACGACGAGGAAGUGUUCCGCACACGCGAAGUCAAGUGCGUCCAGGAGCUGUUGUCCGGUAUAGUCAUACAGGUUAACAACGGUGCGUGCAUGGAUGAGUUGCCCCCGAGUACCGAACGCUGCGAGUGUUCCCGCGUGGUGAAACCCACACCGCCGAAAACGGAGAAGCCACGAUACAGACCAACCGAAAGUCAACAUCAGCACGAGCAUCGCGGUCAUCGAGGACACCAGCAUCAACAGCAUCACGAUCACCACAAUGGGCAGUCGGGUCACAGCCACACACAGAACGAUGCAGAAAAUGGCCCAUUGACGAACGGUGGAGGCUUCGCUGUACCGCACAGCCGUCAGCGAACCGAUAUUAAUCACAUCAACUAUCGAGCAGAGGCCAAGAAAACUGGCGUUUGGCUUACGGCAAACUGGAGCACUCGCUGUUCGACAACCUGCGGCAUUGGGAUGCAGACACGGUCGAUCUUCUGCGAUCGUAGCUCGUCGAUCAACUCGGAACGUUGCGAUCUGCGCAUGAUGCCGGAAACUUCGCGCGAAUGUACCAGCAAUCGGGCAUGCGAGUUUGGCGAAUGGUUUGCGGGCCCAUGGACACUGUGCUCCGGAGAUUGUUUCAACCUGACGCGCUCCCGAACAGUUCUUUGCAUUCGCAAUGAUCAUUUUGCGCCAGAAAGUGAAUGCGACGCUGUCCUGCGACCGUCAUCGAUCGAACCAUGCGACACUGAAUCAUUUGAAGAAUGUAAACCGAGGUGGCACUUUUCCGAAUGGUCCGAGUGCACUAAACCAUGCGGCGGAGGCAAUCAACGGCGCGUGGUUAAGUGUUUGGAGUUCAACCUGCGCGACAAGUUACUGCAGGAAUCUGGUGGUUGUCGCUACGCCGAUCGACCCACAUCCUACCGGGUGUGCAACGAAGAGUCCUGCCCCGUAUCGACCGCACCUCCUGCCACCUCAACCACAACCAGAACGACAACGUCCUAUACGACCACCCUGCCCACCUCCUCCUCAUCGGUCGAUCCGUACUACGAGGCACGAUCCGACAUGAUGUCAAACGAUGAAAACUGUCGCGACGACUUCCCCAACUGUACGAUAGUGGUAAAAGCGAAGCUGUGUAACUACGCAUACUACAGCCAGGCGUGUUGUCAGAUGUGCAGAACGCGACAGAACGAGCUGUAUUGAGAGGCAGAGUUGAGGCCGGUUGAGUACUUUUCUAGCACUAUUAUUAACAACACAACACACAACACAAACACGAGGCUGCGCAGACUCUGGGGGCGUUGCACGCACACUCAUACUGCGUUCAUUACUAAUUAAAAGUUGUACCACGGGAAAUGCAGAGUUAUCAUUCGUAUUCGUUUAGUUGGUACUACCUGUCUGAGGGUAAUUCAGUAGGUAUUUCCUAGAUUUCCACCAAUUCCAUCAAUUGUUAGCUCCAAACGAAACAAAACCGUUGGACAGUAUUUUUCAUUUCAACAGUCUUACAAGAACAACCCCAAACGUUAUUGGUGCAGGAUCGAUAGUACUCAGAAUCGAACAGUAAAGUCAUUGUUAGUAUUAACUCAAAAUCAAAAUAUUAGUUGCAUACAGUGAUGGACACAUACUUAACGACACUCAUCAUUAUUUGUGUUAUCAUAAAAUAGACAUCCGACCGGCGGCAUGUACCAGCUUUGGUACAUUAACCAAAUCUUGAACGUGUUCAUUUUUCUUCCGUUAUGAACCAAUUAAAACAGUUAUCCAGGAAUCAAUUAUCAAAAAUCAUGUCUAGAUUUUAAACAUAAGCAAAAUGGAAGAAGGAAGGAAACAUGUUGAGGCUGUUUGAUUUCGCUCAUGGCAAAAGCAUGAUGCGGUAGCAGUUAGAUAUUUAUCAAAGAGAAAUAACUACAGCUUCACAUCGUUACACAUCAAAGAGAACAUCAUUAUUGUUAGUAAGUAUUUGCGACUAAUCAAACAACAGGGGAAAACGACAACUACACACACACACACACACACAUACACAGUACAGCCGCAACACCAGAUCGACAGAAAGAAGCGACGGAUGGGCAAAACUUUUCACUCACUGUAACUAUAACAUAGAUCUCCCUUCUUUCCAAUAAAGGUUUGAUAACAUUGGA